CGGGGAGGGGAGUGCGGGGUGUAGAGCGCGAGCGCGGGGUGUAGAGCGCGAGAGCGAGGCGCACGUGCGCGGAGAGGGCUUCACUCGGCGGAGUUCGCAAAAAUUCAAAUCCAGUUCGAAUCGAUCGCGAGACGCAGCGCUGCUCACCAACGGACCUCCUCGCGCGCGACCCACACAGCACGAGGCGACCGUUGAAGACUCACGGACGCGACUGGAGACGUUUCGAGGGUCGUCUUCUCCCCAGUUAUUUAUUAUUAUUCAUAUUUUUUUUCCAUUUUUUAAAAAAUGUUCUGAACGGAUUUAACUUCUUCGCUUCUCCCUUUUUUUGGUAAACGGAGACAUUAGUUUUUCAACGUAACGUUUUUUUUUUUAAGGCGUUUUAUCUUCAGUCUGUUUCCUGUUUUCUCCUGUGGUGAAAGGAAGAAAACAAUAAUAAUAAUAAAAAAAAUUAAACACAGAGCGCGUGACCAUCACCACCGCCGCCUCUUUUCCCUUCUCGCGCACAAUUCUGGCCGCGAUGGACCGGCGGCCCCCGCAGUUAAUCCGGAGCGGAGGAGAAAGUGCGCGAGCUCACCGGAAACGGGCGAGGAUGCACCUGAUCCACUAGACAGGACGGUCUGGUGUAGUGAGAGGAGCUCAUCGGCGAGUUGGAGUUGAUCUGGAGAUCUGGAGUGAGAGAAUUAUCACUGUGUGAGACCGCAGCACCACAUCCAUCUGUACAGAAAACAGAUGAUGGAAAUGAGGUGGAAGUCUACAUGGCUCCUGCAGCUCAUCCUCCUGGUCAUCGUAGUGAUGUUGUCAUGCCGACCGGCGUGCGGUGGUACCCGGACUCUAAGGGCAAGCACAGGUCAGUACCAGGUAAAGCAGGGUACGUGCGAGGUCGUGGCGCUCCAUCGCUGCUGCAAUAAGAACCGGAUCGAGGAGCGCUCACAGACCGUCAAGUGUUCCUGUUUCCCGGGACAGGUUGCUGGAACGACCCGCGCUCAGCCGUCCUGCGUGGAAGCUUCCAUCGUCCUGCAGAAAUGGUGGUGUCAGAUGCACCCGUGUCUGGAUGGGGAGGAGUGUAAGGUUCUGCCGGACCUCACAGGAUGGUCCUGCAGCACGGGCAACAAAGUCAAAACCACCAAGGUCACGCGAUAGCGAGAACACGGCUGCCCCAAACGGCUCCAGGAGACCUAAGACUCUUUAACACGGAUUCCUAUUCUGGCAAAAGUAGCCCGAUUACACCGGAUACCACCCAGACUGGGAAUUUAGCACACUACGGAUGGAUGGAUGGACGGAUAGAUGGAUGGAUGGAUAUACCAUGUUAUAAACUCACAGCGAUGAAAAGACAUGAUGAUGGACCAGAUCUAUUUAUAUAUAUAUAUAUAUAAAAACGUGAUGGAGGAUGUGGGCGGAGACUUCUCUAACUUGAACUCCUACAGGAACAUAGCGGAGUUGCUUUUUUGGGGGGACUAUACGGAUACUUGGCAAGUGUGUGUGUGUGUGUGUAAAUGCAUAAAGCCGUGUGUUUCUGCAUGUAUAUAUGUGCAGACAUGCACUUGUGUGCAUAUAUAUGUGCUUUGUGUGUGUGUGUGUGUGUGUGUGUGUGUGUUUGUGAGCAAGCCAAGAAAAUCUCCACGGUUCAAAGCGGCGAGCUCAUAUCCACGCGAGACCACGGCGAGCACGUCAAUCACAGAGAUCUUUUCAGACUUCUAAUUAGAGUUACUAAAUAGGAUCAUAACAAUAACAAUGUAAGAUAUUAGCACUCGUUGGAAAUCAUUUUUUUCCGAGAAUAAUUUUGUUUUUCGUCCAGAUAGUUCCUUAUCGUCAUGCCACACGGGGUCCCGAGGGGAAACGUCACGCAACGCAAGUCGCUCUCGGUCGGACGCUGAUACGACACAAAGACUUCUGUGAUGGAAAAAAAAAGAUCAUUAAUGUAAUUUAACCCAUCGUUUUUUUUUUCUUUUUUUGGGGACAUUUAAAACGCUCACAGAUGAUGAUUAUCGUAGAAACAUACAAACUAUACGUGUACCCUUCAAACUCCUCCCCCUUUGCGAUGCUGUUUUCUUUAUUUAUAGAGAGGCUCAUAGCGCUUUUCGACCGAACGGCGUAGCACGACGCGGCUCGGACAGAUCCGAAGUACGUAGCACAAAUUAUUAUUAUUAUUAUUAUUUUUUUUACAUUAAAAAAAAAAAAAAUUGAACUAGAUAUCUCUCAUUUUAUGCUAUCACGUGACUUUAAAACAGGCCAAACCCUUUAGUAUGAGACACAGCGAAUGCUUUCAAACGUGGACGAGGGCGCCGAUACUUUUAAAAAGCAUGUGCGGCAAGUUUAUCGGACGAUUUUCAAAACGCAGUAAAAACACGGUGCGUUUCUAUGGCUGAAUCCGAAACGGUGUACAUGUAGGGCACUACGUAGGCAACCAGUUCAGCUCCGUUAUGUUGUACCCUAUGUAGUGUGACGACGGGAAGCCAUUUUGGAUUGUGGAUGACUCCAAACUGGACGAUUUAAAUUCAUUUGUAGCUCCACCCGUACGUCCCGGCUCGGCUCUCGUGGCACCCGGGCGAGACGGGUAACCAGAUCCCGAAACGGCGGCAGACGUUGAGACGACGUUAACGGUGUGAUUUUUGGUUAAUUUGCCGAGCCAAGCUGUCCAGCACACUGUUCGGUGGAAAAGCGCUAAAACAUCCAUGUUGCACGGUUUUAACUCGAAAUGAUCGCAGUGCCAUCUUUCAAAACAUACAACACUUGACGGAGCAGUUUGUUCUUUCUGGAGUGACCGUCACAAACAUGGACGGACACGUCAUCCAUUUAUACACCUUUUCAUUUGACGAAAAAAAAAAGAAGAGUAAAGCUGAGACAAGUCGCUGGACUGAGAGUUAUUUCCGGGUGAGAAAAAAAAAAAAGCCCUAGAUUGUAACGAAACCCACUGCAUGACAACAUUGAAAAUCAUAGUUUUUUAAUGUAGCUUUGAAAUGAUAUGAUUAUAAUACUAGAACACUUUUAAACCUAACAGCAGGAUUGAAGUGUUUGGAAAAACCAUAACGUGUGCCCAAUACUGCAUUAUAAUAAACGUUCCACUUUAAACACGG